CUUUUUUAGUAGAUGGAGGCGAAUUAUUAUUACUCGGCUGGACAAGUCCGUCAUGUCAAUCAUCGUCUAUCCUUUGCACUGUACCCCAAUGAUGAUGAUGGAGAUGGUGUGGAGAGUCUUCUGAUAAAAAAAAAAAAAAAGAACGGUGGAUAAUCAUCAUCAUCCGAGCAUCAUCAUCUAUGCAAAUUUAUAAGAAGACGAUCGUUGAACGAAGAAAUUCUACACAUUUCCCUAUUUAGCAUUUCAAAGUCUGAAUUGUUUGGCUGUUAUAGGAGGAGGAGCUUACACAUAGGCAUAAGAUACCUAUACACACGUAAAGAAACGAAACAAAAAAUUACAUUUUCGUUUUUUUUUCUGUGUGUGUGUGUAACUCUUGCCUUAUAGAUGGGCGGUGUAGGAGGAGUGAACGAGUGGCCAUCCUUCUAGGCAUCAUUGGUUCCAGCCCUCCUCCAAUUGUUGCCCGUAAGGUCUCGGUUUAGUAGGGUAUGCGGGCCCACCAAGUUCUUUUGGAUGUUGUUUUUUUUUUAGGGAGGGUUGGGUGGAUAGAGUGGGCUAGUCCGUAAGACCCGUGCUGUGUGCCGUACGUGCGUGUGGGAGCCGCCCAUUGAACGCCCCUUUCCUCGCCACACCUACUGGAGAGGCUUCGGUUUAUUCUUCCACCAUUUUUGAUUUUUGUUUUCCCCUCGUAUUUUUAUUUUUUUUUUCCUGUAAUUUUUACUUCUCCCUUUUGUUUUCUUGUUCCAUGUUGGUAACCUCCUCCGGUUCUUGGUCACCACCCCUCACCAACCCCCCCUGCGGUGCUCAAAUAGGGUGCGGAUGCACGUAGGAGAAGAGGAGGGAAUAAUAAUUUGAAAAAAAGGUUCCAAAAAGGAGGUGGAUAAUGUACCGCCCUCUUCUUCCCUUUUUGCUCUUCUUCUUCUGCUGCUUUCCUCCUUUUUGCUGUUAGCUCUACCCUGCCCCCCCCCGUGCCCUUCGUGGAACGAUAGACCAGCGAUUCCAGCGCUCCGACUCUCGUCAGAUCCUGCUGAAGCGGCGUCCAGUGCGGGCCGCAGCUCAUUUUCACUCUCUCAAACGAUUUGUUUUUAUUUCUUCUCAAUCCUUUUUUUGAAAACAAAAAAAUAUAUACACACAACAACAUCGUUCAUUACCUUUCAUUUCACGAAGAACCUUCCGACUUGUGCGUUUGUUGUUUUCGGUUUUCAUUGUUUCGGUGAUUCGGUGAUUCAUCUGCGAAAUCUUCGAAAAGAAGAUUUGCGAUUUUGUGUUUCGUUUUGCAAAGUGACGGUAGAAAUUUUUUUUUUUUUUCAUAUCCCACCGUCACAUGCGAUCAAGACAAGUGUGUUUUAUUAAUCGGGGCAGUUCUCUUCGUGACUUCUGUCAAAUUAUCAAUUUUUAAAUAAAAAUUUGUUAUUUCCAGUUCUGUGAGAGCUGGACGCAACCGAGUUCUGUUUCAACUAUCCGUCGGGACGAGAAGUGUAAUCAAAACAAAAAUACAAGUGCCAAAAAAAGAAGAAGAAAGAAAGAUUUCUCUUUGUGAGCCAUCGACAUAAAAAAAAAAAAAACAAACAAAAAUUGCAACAAUGUUGACCGACGUACCGGGAAUGUUGACCCGCGCCGGCUUGUACCCCCACAGCCAACCGACGGCAGCCGUCAUUCACGACAAAUCGGCACAAGAGGCUCAGGCAGCGGCGGCUGCAGCGGCGGCGGCGGCGGCGGCCGGUCUGACUGCCGGCGUCCACGGUCUUCUCCACUCCAAAUCGAGGCUGUGGCAUUCGGAGAAAGACAUUCUGGAGCAUCCAGGAUUGAGAGGCACGCCUUUGGCCAUGUUGGCUGCCCAGUGCAGUAAGUUGUCGUCCAAGAGUCCGCCACCCCUGGCGGACGCAGCCGUGGGCAAGGGAUUCCAUCCUUGGAAGAAAUCGUCAGCCGGAGGUAACAACACGAACGCAUCCAGCACGACGGCGACAGCUACGAGCGGAAACAACACGUUGGCCACCUCUUCGGCAUCGAGCGGAGGCCUCAACAACAACAACAACAACAACAACAACAGCGGCCAAUUCAACGGCGUUCAGAACGGACAGUCUGGCCAGCGACAGGCCAGCGCCACGACGACAAACAGCAACACGUCGGCUGUAACGAGCUUGGGCGCCGCAACGGCUACGGGACUGGGCAUGGCCGGCUAUCACCAGAGACCCGGAAUGGGAGCUACAGCGGCUGGUUCUUACGGAGGGGAUCUGUACUUCAGCCAUCCGCAUCAGACGGCGGACAUGUACCCUAGGACGGCCCAUCAUCCGUACGAGCAGGCUUGGCAGUUCCAGCAACACGUCAAACAGGAAGCGGCGGCCGGAGUGAACGGCUCCAGCUGGUGGGAUAUGCAUCAAGCGGCGGCUGCUGGCGGAUGGCUGGAUAUGAGCGGAGCGGCGGUCAAUAUGCCAGCGCAUCACACGGCCUCGGCCAUGCACGCGGCGGCCGCAGCGGCCGCAGCAUCGGCCGCUUACUCGGCCAGCGAUUACUCGGCUUCGCUGGCCGCUGCCGGAAGCACCGCCCAUUUACUGUCCACCGGCCAACACCUUCUGCAGGACACGUACAAAUCCAUGCAACAGCAUCACUCGUCCGUGACAGGCACUCCGUUCGGAGUUGGCCUCGGUUCGACCGGACACCAACCGACGGCUGCGUCCGUCUCUUCCGCCGCCACAUCAGCCCAUCAGGUCCCUUCGCCUCGUUCAUCGCGUCGCUACACGGGACGGGCCACUUGCGACUGCCCCAACUGUCAGGAGGCGGACCGUCUGGGCCCGGCUGGGGCUCACCUGCGCAAGCGCAAUAUCCACAGCUGUCACAUCCCUGGAUGCGGCAAAGUCUACGGCAAGACGUCCCAUUUGAAAGCCCAUCUGCGCUGGCACACGGGCGAACGUCCGUUCGUUUGCAAUUGGCUGUUUUGCGGCAAGAGAUUCACGCGCUCCGACGAACUGCAGCGCCAUUUGCGGACGCACACGGGAGAGAAGAGGUUCGCCUGCCCAGUUUGCAACAAGCGAUUCAUGCGCUCCGAUCACCUGAGCAAACACGUCAAGACGCAUAGCGCCGGUGGAGGCGGCAGCGGCGGCGGAGGCAACGGAAGCGGAGGAAGCGGUAAAGGGGGAUCGAGCAGCUGCGGAUCGUGUUCGGAGUCGGAAGAAGGAGCCGAAGAUCGUGAUUGCAACAGCCAAUCAGAGCCGGGCAAUCCUGGAAGUGUCAGCUCGCCCGGAGCUAAUUCUUCCGUUAACAGUCCGACUCCGAUCCAGCAGCAGCAACAGCAGCAACAACAGCAGCAACAGCAACAGCAGCAACAGCAGCAGCAACAGCAUUUGCAUCACGCCCAUCAUUUGCCGAUUGUUGGGCAUCAUCCGCACCAUCCGCAUCAUCACCAUCACAACAUGAUGAUGUUGCAGCAUCACACGGACAUGCACCACCAUCACCAGCAAGUCAUGCACUCGCUACACCAUCCGGUGCAUCAUCACCAUCAGCUGGGCAUCGGUGGCCACCAUCACGCCGGCCAUCACCAUCACUUGGGAGUCGUUGACGCUGUUGGCGAUCACAUUAAAUCGGGCCAUUAAAAUUCUUUGAUUAUUAUUAUUAUUAUUAUUAUGAAUGUAUAUAUCUAUAAUUUUUUUUUUUUUUGUUUUUUGUUUGGCAUGGCGCCAAAUUUUUUGAAAAGAAAAAACAAAAUGCAGAAACCCUUUUGAUUUUGAAGAGGUUGACGAAAACCAAAUUUGCAUAAAGUAAAUUUUGAAGGCACCAAUUUUUUUUUUUUUUGCUUUGUUUUUUAGAUACCACGCUUGCAUUUUGGUCCCCCUUCCUCCUCCGUCUCCGAAGGCAAUAUUUUUUUUUAUGUUUGCCUUCCCCGCCUCGUCCCCCCAAAACUGAAUGUGAAUAUUUUUUUCUUAACCCUAACUCUAAAAUGUGUAUGCAAAUGAAUCGCCCAGGAGCUGAAUUUGAAUGUCGAGUGGAGACGUUGACAGAAACCAAAAUUAGAAAAAAACUAAAACAAAAAACAAAAAAUUGAAAGAAAAUGUUUGCUUCAAUCACGCGCGAACUUUGUGAAGGUUCGUCAUCGCAUAACGUGAAUCACAUAUACUAAAUAUACUAUAUGUAAACUAUACACAUUAUUACCACCCAAUCAUCGUCUAAUGUUUACACCUGUGUUCCCUUUUCGUGUGAUUUUCCCCAUUUGUACCCCGAAAUCGUCGAUUCUAUUUCAUUUUCAUCGUUUGUUUCAUUUCUUUUGUGUGUGUGUGUGAGUGAGUGGACGACUUUGAGCGAUCGGCUUCACGACCGCGACAAAAAAUUCAAUUUGACACAACAACAAAAAAAAAAACAAAAAAAAAAACUGCUGACAGUGACAAAUGAAUCAGCCUAUUAUUAAAACGACUAUACAGUACAUAUUUUGAUUUGAAUAGUUAAAUGCGAUGAUGACUGUUGGGCGAGUAAUAGUCCAAUUUCUCUGAUCGUCGACAAUGGCCCUCCCAGCAGCGUAUUGUGUAAUAUACAUCCUCUAUAGCGAGUGAAUAUGUCUGAUUGUGUGUGUGUGUGUGUAAUGAAAAAUGAUUGAUGAUGUGAUGUCAAACAUGAAACAAUUUCCUCGUCUAUUUUCUUUCUUUCUUAAUAUUUCUCCCUCCACUUAACGGUCUGUACAGAAUUUGAAAAGGCACGCCUAAAAUGUUGGUCCGCUCAUUUGUUUUUUGUUUUCUUUUCAUUCUCUUCAAUCGAUUCUUGUUUUUCUUUUCGAUUAUCAUGUGGCAGACACAACACAACAUUUGACAGACAAUAAAAAAAACAAAAAACUGGCAAAUUUGCGGUGACUCUCCCAGUGUUUUUUGGUGUAUCGGCUAUCUGUCCAAUCAGAAUGAAAUAUUAUUAUUAUUAUUUUUUUCACUUCUCUAUUAAACUUCAUCAAAAUGCACCCUAGACAGGAUACAAAUGUACGUGGACAUGAUUUUGUUUUGUUUUUUAAGCCAUCAAACUCUCGUUGUGUUGUACCGAUUACGCCCCCGUGUCUUUUCCCACACCCACUUCAUCUAGGCUCUUUGCCUUGAUCGCCUCCCCCCGAUUGUGUUGUCUCUUUCCUCCCCUUUUCUUUUGGCCACACUGUUUCUGAUUAUAAAAGUACAUACGAUGAUUCUUUCAAAUAUUAUAUCGAUCAAACUGAGCUUUGUUAUAUACACGAAACAAAACAAAA